AGCUGUAGGGGGCGGUGACCGCGCUCUUGGGACAGCUCCGCGCCCUGGGCGGGACAGAUCCAAGUUGGGAACAGCUGUGGGACCCGGGCCUCCAAGAUGAGGCCGACGCUCGCCCUGUGCCUCCUCUGGCAAGCUUUCUGGUCUCGGCCUGGCUGGGGCGAGCACCCCACCGCCGACCGCGCGGGCUGCUCGGCCUCGGGGGCCUGCUACAGCCUGCACCACGCUACCAUCCAGAGGCUGGCGGCCGAGGAGGCCUGCAGUCUGCGCGGCGGGGCGCUCAGCACAGUGCGCGGGGGCGCAGAGCUCCGCGCGGUGCUUGCACUCCUGCGGGCAGGCCCGGGGCCCGGAGGGGGCUCGAAAGACCUUCUGUUCUGGGUAGCGCUGGAACGCGGGCGAUCCCACUGCACCCUGGAGAACGAGCCGCUGCGGGGUUUCUCCUGGCUGUCCCCCGACGUCAAUGAGUCCGAAAGGGACACGCUGCAAUGGGUGGAGGAACCCCAACGCUCCUGCACCUCUCGGAGUUGCGCGGGACUCCAGGCCACCCGGGGGGUCGAGCCCGCAGGCUGGAAGGAGAUGCGAUGCCACUCGCGCGCCAAUGGCUACCUGUGCAAGUACAAGUUUGAGGGCUUGUGCCCCGCGCCGCGCCCCGGGGCCGCCUCUAACUUGAGCUACCGGGCGCCUUUCCAGCUGUCCAGCGCGGCGCUGGAUUUCAGUCCCCCCGGGACCAAGGUGAGUGCGCUCUGCCCGGGGCAGCUCUCCAUCAAAGCCACCUGCAUCGCGGACGCGGUCAGUGCGCGCUGGGACGGGAUACCCUCUGGGGCUGAGCUCUGUCCCUGUCCCGGGAGGUACCUCCGUGCUGGCAAAUGCGCGGAGCUCCCUAACUGCCUAGACGACUUGGGAGGCUUUGCCUGCGAGUGCGCCGCGGGCUUCGUGCUGGGGAAAGACCGACGCUCUUGUGUAAUCAGUGGGGAAGGACAGCCGGCCCCUGAGGGGACCAAGGUGCCCACCAGGCCGGUCGCUACUGCCAGCCCCGUCCCGAAGAGAACGUGGGCACCCACGGUAAAGGAGAAGCCAGCAGAUAUACCCCAUGUCCCUGGACAAGGCAGUUCAGCAACAUCUAUUCCCGAGAUUCCUCAUUGGGGAGAACAGAGCACGACGUCUACCCUUCCGAUCUCCCCUCAAGCCAGCUCACAGGCCGCCACCACCUCUUCAGGGAGUGUGACUCCCAAGUUUAAUUCCACGUCUUCUUCUGCCAUUCCCCAACCUUUCGACUCCUCCUCCACCGUGGUCUUCAUACUUGUAAGCAUAGCGGUGGUAGUGUUGGUUAUCUUGACCAUGACAGUACUGGGGCUUUUCAAACUGUGCUUCCACAAAAGCCCUUCCUCCCAGCCGAGAAAGGGACCCUUGACCCAGCGGGGCAUGGAGAGUGAUACUGAAGCCGCUGCUCUGCGUUCCAGUUCUGUACAUUGCACAGACAAUGGGGUGAAGGUGGGGACCUCUAGUCUGCGGGACAGAGCAGAAGGUGCCUCCCAGACAGGGUCCUCUCUUGGCUCUGGUGACACAUAGGGAAAUGGAACAAUGGGCACUUCUGAGCAGAGUUUUUCACUUUCAGUGGAAAGGGAGAAGUCCCUUAUUUAUGGGACUAACUAUUCUUAUAGGAAAUACCCUUCCCCCAAAUUCCCCUCUAUUCCACUAAGGAGCCAAAUCUGAACUGGACACUCAUUUCCUGAAGAUGGAAGAUGUCGAAGUGCCUUAUGGUGGUACUGGGGGCCGGGAUUCUACUGGGGAAUGGUAUUUACUUGUGUUGAUUCUGGGGGAUUUGUAGAAGUGGUUGGACUUUUGAGAUAUGGGAAGCAAACAGAGAACAGUACAAUUAAAAAAAAAAAAAAUUAACCAACCUGGAAAGGAAACUGUCUGCUUCCUUCAGGCUGGACAUAUAUUUGUUUGAAGUUCCCAGGGGAAAAAAAAAAAAAAAUAAAGGAUUGUUGAUAACCCA